CUGGUGGGCUGGUAUUCACUCUCUCCGUUCUUUCAAGGGGCCAGUCACAAAUCAGUCACGUGCGUGACGCGACACACAGUAACGUUACCGUCAAGACUUACACUGUGACGUGACAAUUUACCGUCACGCCUCAUACUUUACGGUAAUCCGGUACAUGAGAUUCGCUGCCCUGCGUCUCUCGUUCGCCGAUAAUCACCGUAUCCCUUCCAUCUCUCGUCAACCACCAACAGAAAACAUACCAACUGGGAGCCGGAAGGGUAAAGAGGUCAAGCAGAAGGCAGUUCAGAUGGCAUCUGAGGAGAAGACAGUUCCGGUGAAAUCUGCCGAGGAGGACUUGAAACUAGGCAAUUGUAAGCUCGCCUUGCGAUGGGACAAAGCCAUGAACGAAUUGUCUAUCUUCAGCAUCAACUUAAUGACGUUCCGCGAGAUCUUAACCCACAACCGCAGCUUCCAGGCGGCACGCGACGUCGCAGUCCGCGUGAAUGGUAAGAUGUACCAUGUCGAUCGUCUGACGGACUUUGAAGAUUUGUGCAAACUUCCCUCAAUGCUGGUUACGAUGAUGUUCGAAAAGACAGACGAGGUCAUCCUACAUAACGAGGAGCCCAAGCUUCGCACCGCGCUCACAGUAAUAGGCGCACACACCAAGUACUUCCGCGAGUCGAAGGACUCUCCCGCUAUCAAUAUGAUCUCGAAUGAACGUCGGGCGACCAUCAACGCGGCUGGAUUUGUUCGGAUGACGCUUCGCAAGUCUCUAUCUGCGGAGCCACGGCGGUUCCUCGUUCGCACAGAGGACACGCAAAAUAGGCUUCUUACGGAAACAAUUCAACGGCUCCUUCCUGAAUGUUUCGAGUCUUCUCCAAAUUUGAAGAAACCAACUUCAUUGUCCGAUGGGAUGGUGCAUCUUUGGGACGUAGUCAUGGACUCCGCCAUCAACAUGGAGAGUUUCCCCGGCCGCUCCGCCCCAAUUGAGUCUCCGUUCAACGCCCCUUAUAAUGCCUGCGACUUCAUCAUCCGUUUGGACAUCGCCGACGGGAUUUCCCGCCCCAAGAACCGCUGCCUCUUCAUGCGCAUCUAUGGCUAUGAUAAGCAAGUGGACCUACUCGGGCUUCUCAAUGAAUACGUUAAUCCAUUUCUUGGGUUGAUUCUUGUGCCGUUGGGGGCGAGAAAUCCUAAGAAACCCGAGCCCUUUUUCAAAACGACCUUCACGGUUUGGUCUCCGAGGCUUGAAUGGCAUUACCCACUGGUGGAUGGACCUGAGUGGUGGGCUACACUGAUCGGACCUGAUUCUGACAAUACCUGUGCUUACAUCACACAUAUCAAGUGCGAAAUCACUCCUUGUCACGGUUUUUACAUGAAAGGUGCUUUUGCCUAGGUAGGUAUGUUGCAUGAUGGAGGAAACCGGCCGGGAACUCUGAGAAUGAUGGCGUGGUCGGCAUAGGUAUCGAAUGGGAAACCGUACCUGAAAAACAUGGUGACAUGGUUAACUGUUUCAGAGUGGGAUAUGAUGGUAUAC